AUGGAUACCUUUUAUCUUGAGGAGAGCAUACCUAGGGAUUGUUUUGGGAUCCCAGGUGUACCUCCAGAGCCCCCUGAGGAAGCUGAAAUUUCUCCAUCCCAGCAGGAGGCCCAAGCUCAUCAUCCAGAGCUCAAUGAGGAGGCAGAGGCACAGGCUCAGCAUCCAGAGCCCACUGAAGAAGUAGAACCACUUCCAUUUCAUCAGGAGGCUCCAUCUCAGCCUUCAGAGGUCCCUGAGGUACUAGAAACUUCAAGUCCUCAGGAGGCCCUAGCCCAGCCUUUGGAGACACUUAAGGAGGUUGUAGUUCAACCAGUAGCACAUCAUAGGGUAAAUGAAACUCAGCAGUCAAACUUGUACAAUGUAACUGUUAAACCUCUGGAUCUUGCACUUACCAUAACUCCACAGGUCACUAAAGAGGUAGCAUGUCUACCUGGCGUUCAACGUUACAUUCAUUCAAACUUGCUCAGUGUUACACUUCAACCUCUGAAUUUGGAACUUACCAACACACCAGAGUCCACUACAGAAGCGGAGAUAGAACCUUCUGCAACCCUGCAGGAGCAACAAGCUCAGCCUCCAGAGCCUUCUUCAGGGGAGGUGGAACCUACUCCAACUCAACAAGAACAGCCAGCUCAACCUCCAGAGCAUCAUGAAAUGACAGUUUCACCUCCAAGUCACCCUCAGGCUCAGCAUCCAAAUUUAUCCAGUGUCGCUGUCAAACCUGCAGACGUGGAGCUUACCAUAACAAAAGAACCCACUCCAGAGGUGGGACCUUCUCCAAAUAAGCACAAGCCUUCAGCUCAGCCCUCAGUGCCUCUUAUUAAUGCAGAAUUUUCUACAACACAGCAUGAGGUCCCCAAGUUGCCUUCACAGCCACCUGAGGAGGUUGAACCUUUGUCAGUUCAACAGGAAGCUCCAGCCCAACCUCAAGAAGCCGUUCAGCAGGGAGCCCCAACUCAACCAACAUACCCCGAGGUGACAUAUUCAAAUCCAGAGAAAGUUCAGGCUCAGCAUCCAACCUUUACUGAGGUCACAAUUCAACCUUUGGACCUUAAACUGACCAUAAGGCCAGAACCCACUAAGGAGGAAGAACCUUCUCCAACCAUACAGGAGAACUUAACCCAGCCUCCAGAACCACCUAAGGAAGUUUUUUUAGCUCAGCCUCCAGUAUAUCAGAACCCAAUAGUUCCAACACCAGAUCAGGAUCACACUGAGCUUCCAACAUCACCCAGUGUCACAGUUCAACCUUUGGACAUGGAAUUACAUUAA